GAGUUCUCCAGUUGAUACCUAUGUUGUAAAUACCCCAUUGGUGUUUGACAGCAUAACAUCUAUCACAGAUGUCAAAGAUCAUGGGAGACUGCAUAUCUAACUUAGUACAGAGAUUAUUCGACUAUCCUUUGAAGAAUGAACGCAAAUGUGCCUACAAGAACGAUCAACCAGCACAAGAUGAUGAAAAUACUGGUGCAAACCAAAUGAAAUCUAAUUAUGAUAAAAUAGUAAAGGAAUUCAAUCAGAAACUGUUGGAGAAACGAACAGAAAACCGCGAGAAAAUCAAUGGACGAACUUGGGAGGAACGAAAUAUCAUCGCUCAUUUUCCAGAAUGGAAUGAAUCGACUAUAUCCUACCUGCACAGCUUGUAUUUGACAUUCUGUAGCGAUAAAAAUAUGAUGAUAGACUUCGAGGCAUUCUCUUGUAUUCUGGAAUGCUUAGGUAACGAGUGUCCUGAAGAAAGGAGGAAACAUAGAUUCAAGAUGACGGAUCAGAAUAACGAUGGUUUCAUAGAAUACAAAGAAUAUUUACAGGUGAUAUAUAAUUUCGGGUCAUCCAUCGAAUCAAGAGAUGCAUCCCUACGUUAUGCAUGUUUGAAAAUAGCAGAGAAAACUCGAUUCAUCAAUGGUUUAUCAAUAGGAGAACAACUGGAACAUGGACUAUUUUGAUAAUUUCAAUCAAUUUGAAUUAUAUUCUUCACUAUAUAGACAAUAUCUUAUGAUAUAAGAGUGUACCUAUAUACAAUCAAAUAAAAAACGCAGAAGUUUC